AAAAGAGAGGCCGAGAAAAAAAAAAAUCCCACAUUGUCAGAGUAAUGCCAAACUCUCUUUGAGUGGGAUGAGCAGAGCAGAUGCCGCAAUGAGAUGCCAAAGCGGCUCCCCUUCCUCUGCGCCUUGGGUGCCUAUAAAUUGCUCCGGCGCGCGUUUGUCAGCCUCCUCUUCUCCUGGCAGGUGGUACCCAGGCAGAAUUCUGCGUUCAGUCUCUCUCUCGCUCCGCUCCCGGCCGUGAGGCGCUCGCCGCUGCUCGCCAGCUCCUCCGCUCCAGCCCGGAGCCUCGCCGAGCCGCCCGUGCCCAGUGCCGCCGCUCCGCGCACCCGGGGGGCGCCUGGCCCGAGCUCGCGCGGCCGGCGCGAGGUUUUGGGGGUGCGCAUCUAUUAGAGUCCUGGUGGUUGCUAAGGAGGGAAAGAGGGGGGAAAAAAGGCACAAGGGCGAUCCCAGCGAGCGAAAGAAGAGGAGGCAGAAAAAGGCAACUUCAGACGGAAAGUUGGUGCGAACUGGCGCAGUCGGCAAAAACGGAAAAGUCGAUCGCAAGCGGCGGCGGCGGCGGCAUAAAAGUGUGAGCGGCCCUGGGCGAGCGCGAGAAGCGGCGGCUGCUCUGCCCUCCGGGUGGCCGCGCCGGCGCCCGCGGCAGCCACAGGUGCGAAGGGGCUCGCGGGAGGCGAGAGGGCGCCCUGCGCUCCCCUCCCCCCGCCCCCACCCCCAGCUCGGGACUUCAGCUCAAGUCACUCGGCGUCCGAGCUCCCUCCCCAGCCGCAGCCUCAGCGGGGGGAGCGAAAGCAGGCGAGGAGCGGCCGGCGCGCGCCCGCCCAGGGGACUUGGGGUUCGCAGGGGGUUGUUUUCGGCUCUGAGGAGGUCCACGCCCAACCUUCAAAAUUUUGUCCAAAAGCAGACAAGAGGAUCGCCCCGCGCUGAGCCGGCUGGUGGGCAGCAGGAGGCGCCUGAUCGCCGCCGGGGCGCUGGGGGUGGUGAUGGUGCUGCUGCUGGUCAUCCUCAUCCCGGUGCUGGUGAGCUCGGCCGGCACGUCGGCGCACUACGAGAUGCUGGGCACCUGCCGCAUGGUCUGCGACCCCUACGGGGGCACCAAGGCGCCCAGCACGGCCGCCACGCCCGACCGCGGCCUCAUGCAGUCCCUGCCCACCUUCAUCCAGGGCCCCAAAGGCGAGGCCGGCAGGCCGGGGAAGGCGGGCCCGCGGGGGCCCCCGGGUGAGCCCGGGCCGCCGGGCCCCGUGGGCCCCCCGGGCGAAAAGGGCGACCCCGGCCGCCAAGGCCUGCCGGGCCCGCCCGGGGCGCCCGGCCUGAACGCAGCCGGGGCCAUCAGCGCCGCCACCUACAGCACGGUGCCCAAGAUCGCCUUCUACGCCGGCCUCAAGCGGCAGCACGAAGGCUACGAGGUGCUCAAGUUCGACGACGUGGUCACCAACCUCGGUAACCACUACGAUCCCACCACGGGCAAGUUCACCUGCUCCAUCCCAGGCAUCUACUUCUUCACCUACCACGUCCUGAUGCGCGGAGGUGAUGGCACCAGCAUGUGGGCUGAUCUCUGCAAAAACAACCAGGUGCGUGCCAGUGCAAUUGCACAAGACGCUGAUCAGAAUUACGACUAUGCGAGUAACAGCGUGGUUCUCCAUUUGGAGCCAGGAGACGAAGUCUACAUCAAAUUAGAUGGCGGGAAAGCCCACGGAGGCAACAACAACAAAUACAGCACAUUUUCUGGAUUUAUUAUCUAUGCUGACUGAUCACGCAAAAACUAAGCUGAUGAUUCUGAGUUUGGACACUGGAUUCGUAUGGCUAACGUCAGUGAAUCGAGGAUCCCAGGGGAUGCCAGAUGCAGGGCACCUCAGUUGUGUAUAUGUGGGGAAUUCAAAUGCUACCUGAUUCACAUCUGUAUACUCAGAAACAUGUAAAAAAAAUAUUAAAAGCAAGAUAAGCAGAUGUGUGAUCCACUACCGCCAAAGCAAAUACUCCUUAUCGUUAGUGUCCAUGUGAAUGAAGUCCUAUAUAGAUCACAAAUUUUUAUAGAAAAAUCUAAGACACGGAACUAUUUCUUCAAUAUCUAUGAUACUUUGGUGUACUGUGAUCUUGCCGCUUUUAUCCAUGUGUCAGCUUUGGUUCUUGUGAGUUUACUUGCUUAUUAUGAUACUCGGAGUCCAUUCAUAUUGUGGGAAGAAUGAUUUUUUACCCUGCAGGAGACAGUCUAAUUGACAUAAUGCUGCUUGUCCCCAAAGAAAUUGUUUGCCUUGUCCUCUUGUUAACUUUAGAGCUAGACCUGGGAGUGAUUCAACUUCAAGCCUUAACCUGGAAUUUUCUGGAUCUGAGGGAAUUCCCAAGCCUAUGAUCAUUUUUUCACAUUUUCUUUUUCCUAUGAAUUUUCUUUCCUCUCUUUUCUGGUGAUAGUCUUUAAAAAAAAAAAAAUAGAAACUGAAAUUGUAUCAUAGGAUGACCCUCUAAGUGUGAAAAUGUGUAAUUAUGUAUGGUAUUUAGAAAAUCCCCCGUGUCUGGUUUGUCAAUAGAAUGCGUUUAGAUUUACUUGGAAAGUCAGAGAAGUUUAUUCUUUGGUGUUAAAUCAGACUGAGGCUUUCGCCUUCUUUGGAACACAAGAUUAUUCAUAACCCAAUGCACCUAGGUUUAAUUUGCAUGCGUCACCAAGGGGACACUAAGUAAGGCCUUCAAAUAGUUACUACAAGUCAUGGCCUGAAGUUAUUUCAAAAUGAACAAUUUCACAUAUAACCAAUAUGACAACAAAGUGUAUAUAUUUUAUACAAAUACCUGCUACAUAUAUAUGUAUGUAUAUAUGUGUUAGAUGAAAAAUAAUAUAUAUAUUGCUUCAGACCAUUGACACAGUGGCUGUAGAUCCCCAAACAUUUAAUUUUUAAAAAUGUAUGUGUAUGCUCACACACAAAAAAGGACAAAUCAUUUGACUUAUUUUGGAUUGAAAUGUAUUUUGGAAGAUGAAAAAUAUAGAGAGUAGCAAAAUAAUUUAAAUGGCUUCUCUUUUAAGAGUUAUCCAGAAAAUUAAAUCUUAUUAGGUUAAAAUGCCCCAUAAGUCACAUGUCUGUAAAUUAAGCCUAUGGCUUCUUUAUCACGGGAUGCCAAUCAAUAUUUCUGCUGCGUCUUGUGGCCGACUGUUACUGUUCGCAAUGCAGAGACAAAGAAUAGCUGUUCUUCACAAUGUUUGUGAAUUACCUGCAGUGGAAUUAACAGUUUUUUUCUUUUUUCUCGGGUGAUCUUAAGCUGACCGUAAAGUAGAUUUUGAGAGUAGUGAAAAUCCUUCCUCUCUGGUUAAAGGACACUGCCGAAAUCCAUCUCUUUAAGAAAAAGAUUUAAGAUUCUUGUUGAGAUAUCCUAAUUACCAGACAACUUCCCUUAUGUCAAUGAAAAAUCUGUUCCAUUCUCAGUUGCCUUUGAAGACUCUUUGACAAGUAGAUUUCAAAAACAAGAGAUUUCAGAACCUGCCUGUUUUACUGACGAAGGACAGUUGCAUUUUUUCAUUUAAAGGAAUUAGUUUGUUCUCCUGGCUCAUUCCUCUUGGGUACUUUCUGUUCUAAUACACAGAAAGCUUGAUCAUGUUUGAUCCACAGAACCAUCUUUUAUUUAGCAAACCUCAACUUUCCGAAAGAGUUAUGCCUGGUGUUCCCAUCUGAAGGUGCUGUUUGCUCGGUUUAAACACCUUGGUCGGCGUAACGGUCAUGAUUGAUAAUGAUUAAAAACACUUAGCCUGUUCAUCAAGAAUAAUGACUAUUUCUGUUUGGCCUUUCUACUACGUAAGAUAACAUAAAGGAGUUGCAAUGGAUUUUACUUCCAUUUAACAAUAUAUAUUUGUCGAAGAGGAAUUAGCAACAAGGGUUUGAGGUUUUGGGUUUUUUUUUUUUUAGGUGAUAAAUAGCAUAGUGAAAGAUUCAACCAAAAGAUUAGUUUACAAACAGCAGUGCACAUCAACUGAGAGUUUUAACUAAGAGUUUCACAAAAGGCUUUAUUUACAGAAAACAUCAGGGCUGGAUACCUUUUAAAGAGUCGGCUCUGGAAUCAGACUGUCAUUUCUAAUAGAUCUGACCUUUUCUUCAGAUAAAUAAGCAUUAUUUUCUCUGUUUAGGCCCAAGGAAAAACAAAUAAAAGGUAAAGGACAUAAAGGGAAUAUAUAUAUAAGGCAAAGAUUUCUCUCUCUCUUUUUUUGCAUUAUAUAUUAUUAAUUAAUUAAAUUGUGGCCUUUGUUAUUAUAAAUGUAAUGAUUCAUUAAACUAUAUUAUGUAAUAUA